AUUGGGAUUGUUGAUUUCUGUGUUUUCUUUUCCAGUACUGGCUCACAAAAAUGUGCAGCUUGCAUCCAAGAAGACAUUUAUGAAGAACCGUUGUCUGUUCUGGAUGCCAGCUCAGCUUUCCCCGACAAUGCAGCUCGCAGAGAAGUGGAAAACCUGCCUGCAGUUUGUAACAAUGAGAGUUGUACCUGGAAAGGCACUGUUAAGGAGUAUGAGGCUGACCACGAGGGAAGAUGUGAGUACACAUUAACGCCUUGUGAAGCGUGCAGCAGGAUGGUACGCCAACUCGACAUGUCCCGCCACCUGGAGCGAGAGUGCCCCGAAAGGAACCUCAACUGCAAAUUCUGUAAAUUAUUGUUUCACCACAAGGAUAUUAAGGCCCAUGAUGAAAUCUGUUCCAAGUUUCCGUUAACAUGCGAAUGGUGCGGAAAGAAAAAGAUUCCAAGAGAAAAGUACUUGGAUCAUACUCGGACAUGUGGGAAGGUGAAGUUCCCUUGCCGCUUUAGCGUGAUUGGCUGUGAAAUAACUGCUGAGAAGGAAAAGCUGGCUGAGCAUGAGAACCAGUGUGUGGUGGACCACAUGCAGAUGCUGCUCCAACAUGUGAUGGGAAUACGGAGUGCUGUGGAAAGCCUACAGCCUCUGCACCUGCAGCAGGCCAAGCUCAAGGUCAACCAGCUCUUUACCUCCGUUCGUGAAAUGGAGGAGACUCUGGGACCAUUCCGAUCGAUCGCUCUUGGUGAGAGAGGCUCCUCCUCUCCUGGUGGGGACCUGGCAAAAGCUUACUUGUCAGAAAGCUUAGAAGAUGUGCAAACGCGAUGUGCAGCUCUGAAGCACAAAGCUGAAACAUUCGAAAACAUUGUCUGUGUUCUUAACCGUGAGGUGGAGCGAGCCUCUGUGAGCAUGGUAGCUUACGAACAACAACACAAACUGGACCAGGAGAAGAUUGAAGCCUUACAAGCAAAGGUGCGUCAGAUGGAACACGCUACAGCCUUGAAAGACCUGUCUAUAGCACAGUUGGAACUGAAGCUGCAGGCACUGGAGUACAGCACUGACAAUGGAAUCUUUAUCUGGAAAAUAUCCGAUUUCAGUCGAAGACGACAGGAAGCUAAAACCCAACGAUCGCCUGCUAUAUUCUCCCCAGCUUUCUACACCAGUAAAUACGGCUACAAGAUGUGCCUGCGUGUCUAUCUGAAUGGUGAUGGGGUGGGCCGUGGAACCCACAUGUCUCUUUUCUUUGUUAUUAUGAAAGGAAACUACGAUAGUUUGCUGAGGUGGCCUUUCAAGCAAAAGGUGACUCUGUUGCUGUUGGACCAGACUAACCGUGAGCACAUCAUCGAUGCGUUCAGACCGGAUAUCAGUUCCUCCUCAUUCCAGAGACCGGUCACCGAGAUGAACAUUGCCAGUGGGUGCCCACUUUUCUGUCCACUUAGUAAACUGGACAGCAAGAACAAUUACUCACGUGAAGACUGUAUUUUUAUCAAAGCCAUCGUGGAUUUAACUGACCUGUAACAGACCUUUGAUCAGACACUGGAAUGGGCUGCUGUCCAUUGUACAAUGCAGCAACAGUUUACCAUCCCAGUGGCACUGUCCCACAUUCUUUGUUGCUGGGUCAUUAUUCUGGAGUAGAUCAAGCCACUGCCAUUAAACUAAGUAAUGGCUGGUCUGUACUUCUAUCAUUAGCAGAUGGCAAUUAUCUUCUUCAUUGUACCCUUUGUUAAUUGCAUAGUAGGCCAGCAUAGUGGUUAGCACUGCUUCCUCUCAGUGCCAGGGACCCAGGUUCGACUCCACCCUCAGGCGACUGUGUGGA